UACGCCUAUUGGAUAAUCGCGCGUCGCGCGUCGCGUGUCGCAAAUCGCGCGUCGUGUGUCGCAAAUCGCGCGUCGCGUGUCGCAAAUCGCGCUGGUCUGCCAGAGCCAAUACACGUAUAGCCACGUCGUAGUCGUUCCUCAUCGCGACAUCCGUUAACACGAGUGCCGUAACCUCUCAUACGAUUCUUUCUCGCCGAUCGUCACAAUCUUACAUCCAAAACUUCAAACCAAUAUCCAUUAUGUCGCUGGACGAAAGAUUUAAUAAUGCAGCCAUAGCGGUAAAGGAAUUGGCUGAGCAGCCAGAAGAUGAGGAUUUAUUAGAGUUGUACGCAUUGUACAAGCAAUCCAUCAUUGGUGACUGUAACACUGAGAGACCGGGUAUGUUGGAUUUCAAGGGAAAAGCGAAAUGGGAUGCUUGGAACAAUAAAAAGAGCAUGGGACAAGAAACGGCGAAAGAGCAAUACAUCGCUAAAGUGGAGGAAUUAAUCGCGUCGAUCGGAAAGAAGUAGUUAAUUUGUUAUUACGCGUAUACAUGCAGUUAAAUAUUUGCGCAUGAUCUCGUCUGAUCAAUUACAAAACUUUUUCACUAUCGAUGAGAAGCACCAAAAAUCAUUACAAACGCAUGCGCGUUAAACGAAUGAUCAUGUAUUGUGAAUAAUAUACAUGAUACAAAAUACACUUUCUAUUUAACAAUUUAUACGAACACGCACUUCUUUUUGUUCUGCCUGUUCGCGUGAAUUUUGUAUUCAAUGAUUUUUUAGCAAUCAGCAUAAAACUACUUGUCGCAUAUA